UAUAGAUUGAUGGACUGCCUGCUAGAAAAAAGCACUAUUGAAAAAAUUCCCCAAAAAAAGUUCACGUAAUCGAUACCAAAGACAGGGAUUGAAGGCAAAAGGGUCAAGAAUGAAAGAAAAACAAGGAGAGAAGAUUGACAGUGAGAAAAAUCAAUAUACAGAUAACUCACAUGGGCCCUAACCGGUUAUAAUAAUUCUCUGCGGCAGAAUAACAAUCAACCUGUCAGCGAGACAUGUCGGUAUUUGGUGCCGUCAUUGUAAUGGGAAUGGAGUAAGCCCAAUAAUUUACAGUUCCUCAGCAAUCAAUGUGUAUUCCCUACAUUCGCAGCAAUAGAGAGGUUCAAUGAAAAGACACACUCAUUAAGUGUAACUCUACAGGUUGUAAUUCUACAGUGUAUGAUCCACUCAUUGGCCCCAGGGCCAACCCGACUGCUUAUACAGUAAAGAAAACCUUUCUGAUGCUUAUGGUGUAACCUCCUUUCCUCCAGUAAAUUAAAAUUUUUCCAAACUGCCCAGAUUACUGGAUAAUGUCCCGGUUGCUUCUUUGUAGUUUCUUGAAUUCAUGUUGUGAUUGAGUGGCUGUAUCAAGUUCAUGGGACACUGCAAAAGUUUGCCCUAACAACCAAUCAAAUGUUUGCAUUCAAAUACUAGCAGCACUAUACUAGGAAACACGGUAACUUCAGAUUGGUUGCCAUUGUUUCCAGGGUUAGGGUAACUUUGCCUUGGUUUAUUUGUUACACUAGCUUUAACACAUUCCAAGCAUCCUCUGCUCUUGAUGAACAUGACUCCAGAGCUUCCCAGCCUCCAGCUUCAGGGCAUUGCUUUUUGUCUCUUCUGAACUUCGUUGAAUCUUUUGAAGUAUUUUUACAAGUUUUGAGCCUUAAUUAGAAGGGAGAAACAACAGAGCGAGCAGCUGCGCAUCAAGUGAGAUCGCCAGAUGAGAUUAACGAGACCUCCACUCAUAAGAAUCAAGGCAGUAAACCAUGGAAUCAGUCAGGAUUGAGAAGAAGCCCUAAGAAAGAUUCUGGAUUGUUUGCAACCCAUUGUUCACCUGCCUGGGAGAUGAUGGAAGCCCCCAUAAUACCCUCCAUUGCACCAGCCUGUGAGACAAUGGUAAUCCCAGUUAUGUCCGUCGAUAAAAGAAAUGAAGAUCAUAAUUUUGUGGAAGAACGGGAUCAUUCAAGGCAAGAGGAGUUGCUGGCUACCAUGUCAGUGAAGCUCAGGUUCAGUUCUCCCAGCGACGGCCUCGGAGGAGUCGGCAGGAGCAGGUCCUUUGCUGGCUUUAGCACGUUACAAGUCCGAAAGACCUCACAGUCACUCCGCAGAAGCUCGGUGAGGUCCAAAGUAUCGGUAAAAUCCGACAAGCUCUAUCCCUCUCUGCGCAAGGGGUCAAUCCGACUGGACCCACAUCCGCACCAAGUCAAGAAGAUAUUUGAGGCUCUAAGGAAAGGCUUGAAUGAAUACCUUGAAGAACACCAAACACAGCUGGAUUUCCUGGCCGGCCAACAGAAAGACAUUAAAAGAAACUCCAGGCUGGCCUAUUUCUAUGACCUCGACAAGGAGAUACGUUUAAUUGAACGGCACAUCCGCAAGCUGGAAUUUCACAUUAGCAAGAUUGAAGAACUGUAUGAAACGUACUGCAUACAAUGGAGGCUGCGGGUCGGCGCUUGUAACAUGAAACAAGCUUUCUCCUUAUCUCCGUGCACCAAAGCAUCCAGAGAAAGUCUCAUAGAGCUCUACAGGAACUUUCAAGAGUGCACAGAGGACAUGUGCACGGUUGAAGGAGAACUUGAAGUUCAUUUGGGAGAGUUUCUCAUAAAAAUGAAAGGUUUGGUGGGCUACGCUCGGCUCUGCCCUGGAGACCAUUACGAGGUAUUAAUAAGGUUAGGGCGGCAGAGGUGGAGGUUAAAAGGAAAGAUUGAAACAGAUGACAGCCAGAUGUGGGAUGAAGAAGAGAGGAUGUUUAUCCCCAACCUCUGCGAAAACUUUGAAAUUAAGGUCAUAGAGCUCCGUGGCCUGACAACCAUCGUGGUGGGCCUGGUGACGUGUGACAGUGCUGAUUUUUUUACCACCAGGCCAAGAAUCAUCAUCGUGGACAUCACAGAAUUGGGGACAAUUAAGCUGCAGCUGGAAGUUAUCUGGAACCCCUUUAAUACCAGUAAACUUCUCUCAACACCUGGAACAACUACCAAGUUCUCAACAAGCAGCCGCAAAACCUCCCUGUAUCAUUGGACCCCACCCAACACCCCCAGCUUUAGAGAAAAAUUCUAUGUGCAAAAUGACCUGGACAGCACCUUCUCAACCCUGGACAAGGACAUCCAGACCCCGUAUAUACUAAGUUACCUAGUCAACAGCACUUUGGUUCCUCAGAGAAGAGAUGUAGGACUGAGUCACCAGGUGACCAACAUGGACAGUCUGAGGAACAUGGAGGACAAAUCAGAUGUAAAAACCAAUGUGAGCACAGUGUCUUCUCGUGAGGACGUUCCACCAUAUUUAUCUUCUCAAGAACUGUUCAGGGAAGAGAGCUUGUUGCCACCAUCCAGCCACACCACUCUGGAUAUCCUGAAGGAAACCCCAGGUAGCUAUGGAGCUCUCCAGACCAUGAAGCCCACAGAACUGCACUUUGACCAGGAGACCAGUAGAGAAUCCAUAGGGGACAGCCUGAACAGCAUAUCUUUUCAAGAAGAAACAGUGUAUACCAGGGCAGAACGGAUACAUUGUAAUGGGAAUCUGAGGAAUUCAAUUGGACAUCAGUUGGAGGAGGUUCUAGAGCUGCUCAAGUUGGAAAAAGUAACAAGGACGAAACUUAAGGAAAUUGAACAGCCCAUCUUAAACUUCAAAGAACGGGUUAAGCAGGAUAAAGAUGCCAGCCAGCAGAAUUUUCCCAUGGACAGAUUGCUGGUAGAGACGGCUUUAGAAAGCUUUGACUUCUUAAACGUGGACUUCCAUGCUGAUGAGAUGUCGUUGUUUGGCAGCGUUCGGACUCACAGCAAGAGUAUGGGAACUCUACAGGAGAGAGCAAUGACCAUAGGGUGCAACAGCACUGCCACCCCAAGUGAGCCAAGCACUGGAAACGAGGAUCUAGAUCUGAUCCUCUCACUUCAUCUGCGAGUCUGCAAAGCACUUUUAAAGAAAUUGUCAGGGCCCAGUACAGCCAGAAUCCUACAGAAUCACUUGCUGGAGGAGCUGCGCUGGCAGAAGGAGGUGUUGGACUACCUCUCCAUUAUCUUUAUCCAGAAGGCUGGCGACAGUGUUUCCAUUGAUGAGGUCAUUCCAAAGGCCAAGAAGAUCAGGCAUUUGCUAAAGCUAUGGAAGAGCUGCACUAGUCCUGACUGCCCCUGGCUCUGCGCAUCAGAAACCUUCCUCUGCUCCAUCAAGAAAAUGUUUGCGGCCAGAAUCAAACGGAAAUAUCCAGGGCAACUGGAAACAGUGUGCAGAAGAGUUCUGGAGCAGAUGUUCACCUUUGGGGGCAUAUUCCCAGCGGAAGACUUAUCAGACGGAGUGGUUUCCAUUUUCCUGCUUUAUGGUUACCUGAGGAGACAUCGAGUGUUAGACUUGGAGAAGUACAUCACUGCCCUUACUAGAGAAGUGACCCUCAUUGAAGCCCUUCCGUUACCUGGAAGACUAAGAAAGAUAAAAAAAUUAAAGGCCAAGCAAAUCUGUCGGCUGCAGCCUCUGCCACAGCUUCUCUGCAUCCUGGCCAAUUUCCAGCUUGAUGAAAACAAGAAAUUGUCCAAAGCCUCAGCAAACUUCCUUUCCAGGGCUUCCACUAACAAGCAAUUCAAGCACAAGGCAGUUGUGUAUUACACAGAGGUUUUAUCUGGUGAUGAUACAAAGCUCCAGCGAUCAGCCUGCUUGGCUCUGAAGCAUCUGAAAGGGACGGCGAGUCUUGAUCAGAUCGCUUGUUUGUGUCAGUCUGAAGUGGAGGAUGUGAGGAACAUUGCCAGGGACACAAUCCUUUCCUUCGGUCAAAAAGGACGUCAAGUGUUUGGAAAGACAGACCAGAUCUGCCGGGAGCUGCAGGAGACCCUGAUAUUGGACGGCGACAUAGAAAUCACAGUGUUUUGAACUUGCCAAUGGGGGGGGGGAAUUACAUUCCAGACUUUUUUCUUUUUGUCUCUACCCAAAAUAUGUACAAAAUAAAAGUGAUGUAUAUUUAGGUUUCUCAUGGAUUGCGCCUCAUGUUGGAGUAGGGGAAAGUGUCCAGAGCUGGGGACAAGUAACUGUAGCAGAUGUGUCUGAGGCGUAACUUAUAUUAAUAAUGUAGGAAAUGUCUCUCCUAUAUCACUAACUUAAAGGAGAACUAAACCCCCCAUAUAAUAAAACCCAUUACCCCCUCCCUACACAGCUGAUACCUCCAUUAAUUGCCCCAUAACCAAUCAUUACCCCUCGUUGCAGAGUAAGUGCAUCGGAGCUCAUGGGCGCCAUCUUCCCUGCUUCAUUGAUCUUUGGAAAGUAAAUGCUGUGUCAGCGCAUGUGAAAUUGAAGCAAUUUCCUGUUCAGGACAACUGAGCCAAAAUCGACGGAAACAGCUGAAGAUCUGGAAGAAGACCCGAAGAUCAACGAAGAUGGCGUUCAUGAGCUCCGAUGCGCUUACUCUGCAACGAGGGGUAAUUACUGGAUAUGGGGCAAUUAAUGGAGUUAUCAGCUGUGCGGGCAGGUGUAGGGUAAUGGGUUUUAUUAUAUGGGGGUUUAGUUUUCCUUUAAAGGACAACCCUGGGGAAUGGCAGUAUGUUUUACCGCCCAGUAACUUACCUUUCACCCCUGGUUAGUGCUCCUCUUCUUUAAACAGUAGCUUCCCAGUCAUCCCCUGCACCUUAGUUAAGACUUUCAGACUCGGCACAUGCAUCACAAGGUGCAGGGAGUACCUGGGAGUCUGGAAUAAGUUCACCUGGGCCGGUGCUUUUUAAAGGAGAAUUCAACCCUAAAGUUAAAAAAACCCUAUACCCCAUAAACCCAUGUAGGGUAGGGUUUUUUUUAAUUAAGGGUUCUCCUUUAAAGAGGAGGAGCAACAGGAUGAACUGUUAGCACAGGGGGUGAAUAACAAAUUGUCCUGCUGUGAUUCAACCCUUUUUUUUUUUCUUAAAGAUUGUGCAGGGGGAGCACAUUUAUGUUAUUAGUAGAUAUUAGUAGUGAACAACUGCUGAUA